GCAAAGUGGUUGAGGAGGAUGAGCGCCAUGCGCGUGGACGCCAAGGUGGUGAUGCUGGGCAAGGAGAGCGUGGGCAAGACCAGCCUGGUGGAGCGAUACGUCCAUAACCGCUUCCUGGUCGGACCCUAUCAGAACACUAUUGGUGCCGCCUUCGUGGCCAAACCAAUCCGAGUGGGAGACAAAGUGAUCACGUUGGGAAUUUGGGACACGGCCGGUUCAGAACGCUAUGAAGCUAUGAGCAGAAUCUACUACAGAGGAGCCCGGGCGGCCGUCGUCUGCUACGAUCUGACAGACAGCAGCAGUUUCCAGCGAGCGCGUUUUUGGGUGAAAGAACUGCAAAAGUGCGAGGAGCACUGUAAGAUCUACCUGUGCGGUACCAAGAGCGACCUGAUCCAAGAGGACCGGAGUCUGCGUCGGAUCGACUACCACGACACUCAGGACUUUGCUGAAGAGAUUGGCGCGGAGCAUUUUGAGACCUCAAGUAAAACGGGAAGCAACGUGGACGAGCUGUUCCAGAAAGUGGCUGAAGACUACAGCAAUGCCACCUUCCAGUACAUGACAGCUGAGGAAACUGGACUGAACCUCGGCCAGAAGAAGGAGUCGUACUUGUACUCGUGCUGCCACAGCAACUGAUGCUGGAACAGGGGAAAGGAACAGAACACGACUCCCAAGGAAAAAGAACAUAAAAACCAAGGAAGUGUUUUCUUUUGUGCCA